AUGAACCCAUAAAAAUAGUAAAACCAAAAGAUCAACAUAAGACAUUUGACUGAAAGUCAAUAUAAAAAAUCUAAAAACAUUCCUUCUUAAGAAUUGCCUAGAAAAUGUUAGCCAGAUGCUAUAUAGCCAAUAAACUUGUUGAUGAUUCCAAAGCCCCAAGUUUCAAUUGCGAAUCUUCAUUCAAAUGCUUAGAUGCAUGAGUAAAAGCAAAUAUAAGCUAAUAACAAUAUCUAAACAAAUACAGUAACUACUAUAACCAGGACAUCUCGUACUUUAAGCUUUAAUAGCAGUCUUAAUACUGGUUCUUCUUAAAUUUAUUAAAAUUAGAAUUAACCAAUUCAGCAUAAGGUACCAUUUUUAUAAACUCAAUAAUCUUCUGGUAACUUAGCAAAUCCUUUACUUUAAAGCGGAACCUUGAAUCAUUAAAGACACACAUCAUGCAAUAAUAGCACUAUCCUUUCAGAAAAUUCUUAAAGAGGAAUUAUAUUCAAUGCUCCUAAUUAAGGAGUACUAGCUCAUCAAUAUGAAGAAUUAAUGGCUUCUAAUAAAGAACUAAGAAAUCAACUCAACUAAGAAAGAGAGACUUCUAAGCAGAUGUAUGAAGCUCUACAAAAGGCUUAAGUAGAAAUUAAAAAUAAAGAGAGUUAAAUGAAUCAAUUCAUUGAGCAAUAAAGAUCUGAAAUUAAAAGAUCCUAUGACUAAGAAAUUUAGAUAUUCAAAGAAACUAUUUUGAAGUAAGAAUAACAAAUAAAUAGUCUUUAGGAUCUUUCUGCUAAAAAGAACGAAAAUGAAACAAAUAGAUUUGAGGAAAGAGUUGCUCUUUUAACAACUGAGCUAGAAAGACUUUAAUAAAUAAUUAACGAAAAAAACUCUAUGAUUUCUAAGCUUGAAGAAAAGACAGCAAUGUUUACUCAGGAAAUAGAAAGAUUAAAAUUGAUGCAGAAUGAAAAAAACCAAGUAAACUUAAAAUUAGAAGAGAAAUGUGCUAUCUUUACUCAAGAAAUUAAUAGACUUUAGAUGAUUAUCUAGAGUAACCAAAAGCAAGUAUAAGAAGCUUCAUCAUAAGAACUUCAAAAAUACGAAGAAAGAGUUUAUAUCUUAGAGUAGGAAAAGCUUACAAUCAUUUAGGAUGUACAUAAACUGGCUGAAGAGAGUUAAAGACUCAAUGAAAUAAAUAGCAAGUUAGAAGAAAAAGUUGCUGGUUUUAGUACUGAAAUAGAUAGAUUAAACAUGAUGCUUUAAUCAAGGUAAAACCAAUAUGAAGAAAGAGUGACUAACCUGACUGUAGAAAUAGAGAGAUUAAAUGCUCUUAUUUAGCAAAGGACAACACACUUCGAAGAAAAAAUUGUAUAACUAACCACUGAAAUCACUCAUUUAAAUGAAUCAAAAAAUAUUUUAAUCAUAGAAAAGUAAAAUUUAAUGAACGAUUAUAAGAAUAAGCAUGAAGAUAAGAUUGGUUAAAUGACUUAAGAAAUUUCUCGUUUAAAUUAAGUAAUUUGUCAGCUUGAGGGCUAAGUUGCUGAGAAUGAAGAAACUGUAAAAAGAUCAAAGCACACUCACAAAGACGUCUUGGAUUAAGAGAGGGCUAACUUUGAAUUAAUAAAUACAAAAUAAAACCACCGCAUUAUUGAAUUAGAAAAUGAAAAAAAAUUUGCUCAGAUGGAAAUUUAGAGACUAUAAGAAAGAAUAAAUGAUGCAUAAAUGGAAAGAGACAAGUCUUAAAGUGCUGAAUUAGCCUUGAAUAGAGAAAUCGAAAAUCUAUAAUGCAUUAACAACAGCAGAUAAAGAGAGAUUGAAACUCUUCAUGAGAGAAUCCGUGUUUUAGAAAAAGAAGGAGAAUAAAGAGUUUCAGAAAUGAAAUCUCAUUAUGAGAUGAUGAGGUAAUCUCAUAUUACCAGAGAGGUUUAAGAAUUAACCAUCAAAUUCAACAGUGAGAGAAAAUAGUUUGAGACCUAAAUCUCUAAUUAAUUCUAAAAUAACAGAGAAUUAGAGAAUAAUUUGUAAAUAAUAACAGCCGAGACUGAUAGACUUCGUCAACUUUGUGAAACAAAAACAAAAGAAAUAGAAGAAUUAAAGCAAACUGAGCUAUUGUAGCAAAAUAAAAUGGAAACAUACAUCAUUUAAAUACAAAAGCUGAAUAGUGAUUUAUAAGACUCUAAAAAUUAAUUGGUAGUCCUUUAAGAGGAGAUGCAAAGAUAAUUUGAAAGAUAAAAAUAAAUUGAGCUUGAAUAAUUUGAAAGAGAAUUGAGAAGAGACUUUUCAGAAUAAUAUGGGCAGUUAAAUUAUAAACUUCAAGAUAUGUCUUUGAAGUAUGAAGAAAGUUUAGUUGCUUAUGUGUUACAAUCGACUGAAUUUGAGAGAAUUAAAGAUCAAAAUGAAAAACUCUGGGAAGAUAAUUGUGUUCUUUAAUAAAAAGAGGAAUAAAUAAAGAUUGAAUUCUAGGAAGAAUUUACUUUAUACAAAGUUGAAAUAGAAAGAGCAAAUAGAGAAAAGCUUGAAAUUGAAUUAAAAGAAAUCUAUGAAAAAAUAGAAUUUUAAUAGCAAUAAUACAACAACGAGCUGAAUAAAUAAUAAACUGAACUACAUAAUCAAUAAAAUGAAAUAAAUAGAUAUUAAAAUGAGUUAAAUGCAGCCUUAGAAUAAAUAAAAGAGUUGCAUGACAACAAAGAUGAACUUGAAAAUAAAAUUGUAAUGCUUUCGACUGAAAAUAACAGACUCGUUUUUAUGAUAUAAGAAAAAGAUAAAAAAAUGAGUUAAUUAGAAGUCGAAAUCAACCACUUAAGAGAAACAGAUAAUACACAACAAAGUGAAUUAAAUGCUGCCUUAUUAUAAAGAAAGGAGUUGCAGGAUAAUAUACAAGAACUUGAAAAUAAAAUUGUAAUGCUAUCGACUGAAAAUAACAGACUCGUUUUUAUGAUUUAAGAAAAAGAUAAAAAAAUUAGUUAACAAGAAGUUGAAAUUAACCACUUAAGAGAAACAGAUAAUACUUAACAAAACGAAUUAAAUGCUGCCUUAUUAUAAAGAAAAGAGUUGCAGGAUAAUAUUCAAGAACUUGAAAAUAAAAUUGUAAUGCUUUCAACUGAAAACAAUAGACUUGCUUUUAUUAUUUAAGAAAAAGAUAAAAAAUUAAGUUAAUAAGAAGUUGAAAUCAAUAACUUAAGAGAAAAAGCUAUAUAACUUGAAAUGAAGAUAAAAGAAAAUGAAAGUUUAAAGUAGAUUUAAGUUUAAUAGUAAUGUGCUAUAGAAGAGUAUGUCUAACAUAUAGAAAAACUUAACAGCUAAAUAGACCAACUUAAUAGAUAAAUUCAAGAAAUUUAAAACCAAUUUUUCAUUGAUUAAGAAGAACUUCACAGAUAACAUGAGUUCCAAAGACAAAGUGAAUUAGAACAACUCGAAAGAAGAUUGAAGGGAUAAUUUGAAUAGUAGUUAUCAGCAUUAAAUGAUACAUUUACAGAUCUUGAAGAUAAAUACUAAAAUACUUUAGUUGAUGUUGUACUUAAAACUGCUGAACUUGAAAGAAUGAAUGAGUUAAAUAAUAAAUUGUAGCAAGAUAUAUCUGAUUUGUUAACAAACUAAAAUGAAAUGGAAAUUAAAUUUGAGUAAGAAUUUACAGUAUAUAAGCAAACUGCAGAGAGAGAAAAGUAACAAAAAGUAGAUUCUGAAAGAAAAUAAAUUUAAGAAAAAUUAGAAGCUUAAUAAUAGCAAUACAAUCAAGAAAUAAAUAGAAAAUAAUAAGAACUAAAGUAUGCUUUAGAAUAAACCAGAAACUUAGAAAGUAAUGUUGAAGAAUACGAAAAGAGAGUAACUAUAAUUACAUAAGAGAGUAACAAGCUUCUAAGUAUUGUGGAAGAUAGAGAAAAUAGAAUCAGAGAUUUAGAAACAGAAUUAAACAAUAUCAGAGGAAAGUCGAACUAAAUUUCUCAAUUGAAACAAGCAGAACUUACCUUGUAGCAUAAAAUUGAAAUUUUGCAAUUAUAAAAUUAAAAAUUAAUGAAUGACUAUCAAGAAUGUCAAAGAUAGUCUUUAGAAAUGUAAAUUUAGUUAAGUUAGAAAUUCGAAGAGCAAAAAAGAGUAGAAAUGGAACAAUUUGAAAUCGACUUUAAAAAAGAUUUUAAUGAAAAAUAUGAAAUUUUGUAAAAAGAAUUCAACAAACUAUUCUCUAAGUACCAGGAGUGUUUGAUAAAUAUAGUUUUGAUAACUGCUGAACUUGAAAAAAUUAAAGAUCAAAAUGAAAAGUUAUGGGAAGAUAAUAUGACAUUACAACAGAGAGAAGGUCAAUUUUAGGAAGAAUUUACAGCUUACAAAAUGGAAGUUGAAAAAAACUGUAGUGAAAAACUAGAAUCAGAAUUAAAAGAAAUUUAUUAAAAAAUAGAAUACUAAUAACAAUAGUAUUGCCAACAAAUUAAUGUAUUGUAAUAAGAUUUAAACUAGGCAAAUGAUAAUACAAAUUAUUUAUAAAGCCUAAUUAAAGAAUAAGAAAAUAAAAUUGUUUUACUAUCAACUGAAAAUUAAAGACUACACUACAUAAACUAAGGAAGAGAAAAUCUUGGAGAUAAUAAUUAAAAAGAAUAAUCAUUUGACUUAUAAAAUGAGGAAAUGAUUUGA